UAGGUGGUAAAAAACACAAACAAAAAGAGUCGAUUCUGCCGGGAAUGAAAAGAAGCGUAUUUCUUGUGCUUAUUUUUUUUAUAAAGACAUGACACUACCGCCAAUGCCUACUCCGGCAGGAAAUCCGAGUAUGCGAUCAGCCGGAGGAGCGAUACGGACGUUGCUAAUCACCGGCGUGAGCCGAGGGUUGGGAAAAGCCCUAGCCCUAGAAUUGGCAAAGAGAGGACACUACAUCAUCGGCUGCGCUCGUUCUCAGGACAAGCUCAAUGCCUUUCAAACCGAGCUCGCUUCCUCUACUAAUCCUCCUUCAGAGAACAACCACCUCCUCAUGAGCGUCGAUGUGAGUCUAAAUAGCAGUGUUGAAGAGUUCGCACGUGCUGUUAUGGAGAAAAAGGGCGUUCCUGAUAUCAUUGUGAACUGUGCGGGAACUAUUAAUAGGAACAACAAACUUUGGGAAGUGCCAGCUGAAGAGUUUGAUUCUGUCAUUGAUACUAACCUGAAAGGAACUGCAAAUGUUCUGCGUCACUUUAUUCCCCUAAUGCUUGAGAAGAAGCAAGGAGUGAUCGUAAAUAUGUCUUCUGGAUGGGGAAGAUCUGGCGCGGCACAGGUGGCACCCUAUUGUGCUUCAAAAUGGGCGAUUGAAGGUUUGACAGCGUCAGUUGCGAAGGAGUUGCCCCCUGGAAUGGCAGCUGUUGCACUUAAUCCUGGUGUCAUUUACACGGACAUGCUUCACUCAUGCUUUGGCAAUUCAGCAUCCCUAUACCAGACACCUGAGUCAUGGGCUCCAAAGGCGGCUAAUAUGAUACUAAAUCUAACCAUGGCUGAUAAUGGGGCAUCUCUUUCGGUGUAAGUUUACACAGUAACGUGACAUACAUACUAGCUUUAACAGGCAGCAGAAUGAUGGAAACCACCAGUUUUUGCCUUCGCUGAGUGUGAUAUCUUCUUCUCCCCAGAGUUUGUCUUAUGUUUUUGUGAGUUUAGGAAAUUUGAAACAUUUGUAAUGUUUUGACAACUUCAAUAGGGAGUCAAAGGGAGUUUAGGCUUAUGUAAAUUCUUUUUUGUCUAUUUGUUUGAUAAAGUUGAUAAUGUAUCAGUUGGUCAUCCUCCUAUGAAUAUGAUCCAUAACAUAACCAGAUUUGCCUAAUAACUAG